GUUUCAAUACAAUCUCAUCUUUUUCUAUUCAAAUCAUUCUGAGUGUUAAAAAAGUUAUUCGAAAAGCCAAAUAAGAACAUGCACAGCUGCAUCCCACUUGGAUGAAAAAAUAGGAAGGAAGUGUAUUUAUUAUCUUUGAUGGUACACACACAAAUGCAUCACUAGACAGGGGCAAAGGGCAUGAAUGGUUUCAUAGUUUACCAAUAUACAUAUAAAAUUUCUAAGUUGAUCCUCUAUAAAAGCAGAUUCCACAAUGGAAUGAGACUAGUGAAAGCAACAGGAUGGAACCUCUCUAAACCCAGCCCCCCUCUUUCUGUUUUAGUGUUCAUUUGUAGGGUUUGUUCCCUAGUAUGUAUGUAUAUAUAUAUAGUUAGUGUGAGUUUUUCUGAUGAUGAAUAUAUAAGGCAACCCCACAUUUGCUUAUUAGGCUUUGAAAUGUUUGUUCACAACCAGUUCUUGUAAGGAAGGGCUUCAUUUUCUUUCUUCUGGCAUGGCUGGUUUCUUUCCUUUGGUGGUUUUGGUUCUACAUUUGUUGUCCUCUGUUGCAAGCCAAGUGGCAGAUUUUGUUAGUGUUGAUUGUGGAGGAGCAAGCAAUUAUACUGAUCCAAAAACUGGAUUGACAUGGGUAUCUGAUGCCGGGCUCAUCAGACAUGGUAAAGUGGCACAAGUAAAUGACAUAAACGAAACUCGAACACAAUACAAGUCCUACAGAUACUUCCCUGCCGAUAACAAGAAGUAUUGCUAUACUCUGAGCACCACUCAAAGGAGGCGAUACAUUGUUCGAGCGACGUUUUUCUAUGGAGACUCCGACUCUGGGAACCCAUACCCGAUGUUUCAACUUUACAUCGAUAGCACUCAAUGGUCCACCAUAACUGUUAAUGAUCCAUCUAGAGUGAUUGUCGAGGAGAUGAUAAUUCGGGCUCCAUCUGAUUCUAUUCAGGUUUGCCUAUGCUGUGCAUCCACUGGUUAUCCCUUUAUAUCGACACUCGAGCUGAGGCCAUUAAACUUGUCGAUGUACGCUACAAACUAUGAAGAUGGUUUCUAUCUGAAAGUGGCGGCGAGAGUAAAUUUCGGUGCCCUGAAUAGUGACCCCAUAAGGUAUGCUGUGUUCGGGUACCCAGAUGACCCUUAUGAUCGAAUAUGGGAAUCUGAUUUAUAUAAAAGGCAGAACUAUCUUGUGGGGAUGGCUCCUGGCACAGUAAGGAUAAGUACUAGCAAGAACAUAGACACGAGCAUCCGAGAAUUUCCGCCGCUUAAAGUGAUGCAGACCGCUGUUGUAGGGACGAAGGGAACCCUCUCCUACAGACUAAACCUAGAGGGCUUUCCCGGCAAUGCUCGAGCUUAUGCUUAUCUUGCUGAGAUUGAAGAUUUAGGUAGAAAUGAGAGUCGGAAGUUCACAAUGAAGCAGCCUUAUGUGCCAGGAUACAACGACAUUAUUGUGAAUAUCGCUGAGAAUGCUCAUGGGAGCUACGCGCUUUACGAACCCAGCUAUAUGAAUAUCUCAUUAGAUUUUGUACUGUCGUUCUUGUUCGCCAAGACUCCGGAUUCUACUCGCGGCCCUCUUCUGAAUGCGAUUGAAAUCAGCAAGUAUGUUCAGAUUAUCCCAAAUACUGAUAUCCAAGAUAUUGCUGUGCUGGAUGCAUUCCGAUCAAUGUCAACUCAGGGAGAAUGGAGGUAUGACGAUGGCGAUCCUUGUACGCCUGCUCCUUGGGAGUGGAUAAGUUGCACCUCUAGCAUACCGCCAAGGAUUACGAAAAUAUUACUGUCCGGAAAGAACUUGAGUGGUGCAAUACCAGUGGAAAUAAAGCAAAUGGAUCAGUUGACCGAGUUGUGGCUUGAUGGUAAUACGUUGACAGGUCCAAUCCCCGAUAUGAGUGCCUUGAUGAAUUUGGCUGUUGUGCAUCUCGAGAACAAUAAACUAACGGGCCAGCUGCCAUCUUUUUUUGCCCAGCUACCAAGAUUAAGAGAAUUGUAUGUUCAGAACAAUUGGUUAAGUGGAGACAUACCUCCAGGGCUUUUAAAUGGAAAGCUCAUAUUUAGCUAUGAUGGAAACAUUGGGUUAAAAAUUGCUAGCCAGCAUGCGAGGAGUCUUAGAAUUAUAGUUUUAUCAGUUAUUGGAGCGUUUGCUGUUUUUGUGCUACUGCUACUAGGAUAUUUAUGUUUCCUGUGGAAUCGCCUGAGAAAGCCUUUGAAAAGUGACAAUUAUGAGAAAUGUAACUCUUUUCGCAUCAUGUCUAAAUCUUCGACACCCUACUCCAUCAUGCGAGGUGCAUCUUUGCUUGUUGACAAAGGUCUAGAUGUAGCUUACUUUAUCUCGCUUGCUGAAAUAGAAGAAGCAACAUGCAACUUUUCUAAACAAAUUGGUCAAGGAAGCUUUGGACCAGUUUUUUAUGGGAAACUGAAAGACGGUAAAGAGGUAGCAGUUAAGGUCUCAGCCGAUGCAUCUUUUCAUGGGACACAACAGUUUAUCAACGAGGUCACCCUUUUAUCAAGAAUUCAUCACAAAAAUUUGGUCCCUUUGAUUGGGUAUUGCGAAGAAGGAUCUCAAAGAAUCCUCGUCUACGAGUACAUGCACAAUGGUACCCUGCGUGAUCACAUACACGAUUGUAUCAAGCAGAAGAGUUUGGAUUGGCUAUCUCGUCUGAUAAUUGCAGAAGAUGCUGCAAAAGGCAUUGCUUACUUGCAUAAUGGGUGCAACCCGAAUGUAAUUCAUCGAGAUAUAAAGACAAGCAAUAUUCUUCUUGACAUCAAUAUGAGGGCAAAGGUUUCAGAUUUUGGGAUUUCCAGACAAACCGACGAAAAUCUAACCCAUAUAUCAAGCGUUGCCCGUGGAACAGUUGGUUAUCUCGAUCCCGAGUACUAUGCUAGUCAGCAGUUGACAGAUAAGAGCGAUGUGUAUAGCUUUGGAGUAGUACUGCUAGAGCUCAUCUCAGGAAGAAAGCAUAUAUCUGUUGAAGAUUAUGGUGCUGAGUGGAACAUCGUUCACUGGGCAAGGUCAUUGAUUCGUAAGGGUGACAUAGCAAGCGUCAUAGAUCCAUCCCUCAAUGGUGCAUUCAAAAUAGAGUCUGUUUGGAGGGUUGCCGAAUGUGCAGUUCUUAGUGUUGAGCUUCGGGGAGCCUUGAGACCAAGUAUGCAAGAAGUAGAAGUUGCCAUUCAAGAUGCAAUAAAGAUCGAGAAGAGAAGCAGGAACUUGCGUGAUUCAUGUUCAACCUCUUCUACCUUUCGUCCUUCGCUUGACCAAUUUCCAUCUGACGCUCUUGAACUUGUGAUUGAUGCCGACAUCGUCAGCGUAAUUGAAGCUCGUUGAAGAUGAUUCAUAUCUCUACGAAGAUAUGAUAAAUCAAAAGAUAAUUAAUGGCAUCAAUGGCAGCAUCAAUGGGCUUCUCUACAAGAAUCAAGUUGUUAAUUCGAUAAGACGACAAGUUUUCCCUCCUGAUGCGACAAACUUAUUUAAAUCAUUUUAAGUCCAUAUGUAAAUAGGGAAAGAUGUUUUACACAUGCAGAACAGUAUCUGAAAUCAAAGGAGCAACAGAAAGAACUGGAAUUGAAGUCGAAGAGAUGAAAGUCUUUCUUCUUUAUAUGAUUUGCUCAAUCCAAACUUCAUGUCAGUUUCUGAAAAUAUUACAACAUGUAACCAGCCUCUCCAAUAUCAAGGCUGGGAUUAUUUUG